AUUCAUUUGACUUUUGCUUUUUCUCAGAGGUGAAAUGGCGCAGCAAGGAGCUCAACUGGGCCAAGAAAAACUCUGCUGUUCGAUCUGUCUGGAUCUACUGAAGGAUCCGGUGACUAUUCCCUGUGGACACAACUACUGUAUGGGUUGUAUCAAAAGUCACUGGGAUGAAGAGGAUCGAAAGAAAAUUUACAGCUGUCCUCAGUGCAGACAGACGUUCAGACCGAGGCCUGUCCUGGUGAAAAACACCAUGUUGGCAGAUUUAGUGGAGGAACUGAACAAGACUGGACUCCAAGCUGCUCCAGCUGAUCACUGCUACGCCGGACCUGGAGAUGUGGCCUGUGAUUUCUGCACUGGGAGAAAGCGAAAGGCAUCAAAGUCCUGUCUGCAGUGUCUGGUCUCUUAUUGUGAGCAGCACCUCCAGCCUCACUAUGAGGUUGCUCCGUUAAAGAAGCACAAGCUGCUAAAACCAUCUGCAAAUAUUCAAGAGAACAUUUGCUCUCGUCACAAUGAAGAAAUGAAGAUUUUCUGCCUCACUGAUCAACAGUGUAUCUGUUAUCUCUGCUCCUUGAAUGAACAUAAAGGCCACAACACAGUCUCUGCUGAGGCAGAAAUGGCUGAGAGGCAGAAAGCAUUUGGGGCAAACUGGCAGAAGAUCCAGCAGAGAAUCCAGGACAGAGAGAAAGAUGUGAAGGAACUUCAGCAGGAGGUGGAGGCUAUCAAUCGCUCUGCUGAUAAAGCUGUGAGGGACAGUGAGAAGAUCUUCAAUGAAUUGGUCAAUGUUAUCAAGAAAAGAAGCUCUCGCGUGAAGCAGCAGAUCAAAUCUCGACAGAAAACUGAAGUCAGUCGAGUCAAAGAGCUUCAGAAGAAGCUGCAGCAGGAGAUCACUGAGCUGAGGAAGAAAGAUGAUGAACUGGAGCAGCUCUCACAAUCAGAGGACCAUCGGAAGUUAUUUCAUAAUUACCCCUCACUGUCAAAUCUCACCGACUCUUCAGAGUCACACAGUAUCAAUAUCCAACCUCUGAGGCACUUUGAGGAUAUGAAGACAGCUGUGUCAGAGGUCAGAGAUAAACUGCAGGUCAUUCUUAAUGACCUACUGGUCAAAAUCUCAAUGACAGAGACUGAAGUUGACGUUUUACCACCACAACCAGAGCCCAAGACCAGGGCUGGAUUCUUAAAAUAUUCACAACAUCUCACACUGGAUCUGAACACAGCAAACACAGAGGUGUUGAUAUCUGAUGGAAACAGAAAAGCAACAAAUAUGGAAGUUUCUCAGCUUCAUUCCAGUCACCCAGACCGAUUCACUGAUGCGUUUCAGGUCCUGAGUAAAGACAGUCUGACUGGACAUUGUUACUGGGAGGUGGAGUGCAGUGGAGGAGGAGUUUCUGUCGCAGUCGCAUACAAGGACAUAAACAGAACAGGAGAUGAAAGUGGAUUUGGAAACAAUGUCAAGUCUUGGGCUUUAGAGUUUACUGUCAAUGGUAACUGUUACUCAAAACAUAACAGUAUCAGAACCUCCAUCUCAGGUCCUCGGUCCUCCAGAGUAGGAGUGUACCUGGAUCACAGAGCAGGUAUUCUGUCCUUCUACAGCAUCUCUAAAACCUUGACUCUCCUCCACAGAGUCCAGACCACAUUCACUCAGCCUCUCUACGCUGGACUUGGGGUUCAUUAUUUUGGAUCUACAGCUGAGUUGUGUGAGCUCGACUAG